AUGGGGGCUCUCACGCCAUCAGCCAGCUCUUCUGGUCAAUCCGGCGACUCUUCUACUAGCCAACACAAAAGGAGUAGCAGCAGUUUCUAUUCAGAUGGCUCCUCCGAUGUUGGCGGAUCGCGGCCCGCCCCCGUACGCCGGUCACUUUUACCUGGCAUUCGUCGCCAUCCAACUAGGAAAAUCAAGCUCGGUCAAGGCAAUGUGUUAAGCGCAGACUACCCGGUACCAAGCGCGAUCCAGAACGCCGUGCAGAAACAGUAUCGGGAAUCGGCAGAAAAUGCCGAGGAAUUCACCCACUUACGAUACACGGCUGCAACAUGCGACCCGGACGAAUUUGUUAUGCGAAACGGAUAUAAUCUGCGCCCUACGAUGUAUAAUCGCCAUACUGAAUUACUCAUCGCAAUCACCUACCGGGACGAGAAUAAAGUGUUGACGGCAAGGACUCUGCACGGCGUGACCCAAAAUAUUCGCGAUAUCGUCAAUCUCAAAAAAUCAGAGUUCUGGAAUCAGGGUGGGCCUGCUUGGCAGAAGAUCGUCGUCUGUCUGGUUUUCGAUGGAAUUGACCCUUGCGAUAAAAACACCCUCGAUGUCCUGGCGACAAUUGGGGUUUACCAAGACGGAAUCAUGAAGCGAUCUGUUGAUGGGAGAGAAACUACCGCUCACAUCUUCGAAUAUACCACACAGCUUUCUGUCACGUCAAAACAGGCUCUAGUUCGGCCGAACGGUGAUGAAAUGACAAAUUCUCCACCAGUCCAGAUGAUCUUCUGCUUGAAACAGCAAACUAGUAACAAAAUUAACUCACAUCGAUGGAUAUUCAACGCAUUUUCCCGUAUGCUGAAUCCAGAGGUCGUGGUUUUGCUGGAUGCCGGGACAAAGCCCUGCAAGGAAUCAUUUUUGAUGCUGUGGCAAUCAUUCUAUAACGACGAAAAUCUCGGCGGGGCUUGCGGCGAAGUCCAUCCCAUUAUGAGCAAGACGAGUUUUAUCAACCCAUUCGUUGCUGCUCAAAAUUUCGAGAUGAAAAAAUCGAAUAUUCUGGAAAAGCCACUGGAGAGCAUCCUUGGCCAAGUUUCUCUUGGAGAGUUUUCUGCAUAUCGGUAUCGGGCCAUCAUGGGUCGACCAUUGGAACAAUAUUUUCACGGUGACUUGACGCUUUCGAAGAAGCUCGGCAGGAAAGGCUUCGACGAAAUGAGCAUUUUUAAGAAAAAUAUGUUCUUCGCAGGUGAUCGGAUCUUGUCAUUUGAGUUGGUCGCCAAGGCUGGAUUCAACUGGCGUUUGGCCUUCGUCAAAGGGGCGAGAGGCGAGGCCGAAGUACCGAGAGAUUUUGCAGGUUUUAUCAAUUCCAGGCGCCAAUGGCUCAAUGGUUCAUUUGCUGCGAAUCUGUAUGCGUUCAUCCAUUUCGGUCGGAUUUACCAGAGCGGACAGAGCAUCCUUCAGAUGGCUCUUCUGCAUCUUCAAAUGGUGUACAAAUUUGUGCAAAUUGUGCUCUCUUGGUUCUCGUUGGCGUCUUUCUGGUUGAUAACCUCGGUCAUUAUGGGCGUUGUGAGCACACCAAUGAAAUCAAAUAACAAUAGAGCGUGGCCGUUUGGUAACGAGGCUUCUCUGAUCGUGAACGACUUUCUCAAAUACGGCUAUGUGUUACUAUUGGGCAUCCAAUUUAUUUUGUCUCUUGGAAAUCGCCCCAAAGGGCAAGUUGAUUCAUCUUCCUGUUUGGCUCUUACUAACAUUCCUCGGUGCCACAGGUCUGGUCUAGCAUACACGGUCUCAUUCCUCUACUUCCCCGUGAUCCAGAUAUACACCGCAGUUCUGGCAUUUUAUCUUGUCAGCCAGGCCACGACAAAGGUAUCAUUCGACAUUGUGAUCGAUGAGGAUGACAUGCUAUCCGCUGCUUCUCAUAAUUUGGGAUCGACCAUGAUUUUAAUCACGUUGGUUGCUACUUACGGUGUACAUUUUGUGGCAAGCUUACUAUAUCUGGACCCCUGGCAUGUGGUAACCUCUUUUUGGGCUUACUUCGCGGGAACGACGUGUGGGUCCAAUAUUUUAAUGGUAUACGCGUUUUGCAACUGGCAUGAUGUCUCCAUUGGCACAAAACCUGUCGAUAAGAGCAAGAACUUGCCGGAGGCGCAAACAAAGAGAGAUGAGAAGUCAAGGUUCAUCGAGGAAAUGGAACGACCGCAAGUUGAUAUCGACAGCAUCUUCCAUGCAACCGUCAAGCGAGCUUUAGCAACAUUCGAAGAGCCACCAGAAUCAGAGGACAAAGACGCUGAUGAUAUUUAUAAAGCUUUCCGGACAUAUCUCGUGGCUUUGUGGGUUUUUAGUAAUCUGAUCAUGGUGCUUUGCAUUAUGAGCACGGGAAUUUCCCAAUUCUGUCUUUCGACAUUGCCGGAUAGACGGAUGUGGAAUUAUCUCUUGGCUGUUGUAUGGGGUACUGUUGGGCUUUCACUCUUCCGUUUUGCCGGGUCGCUCUUUUUCUUGGCCAAGACGACUGUUUGGAGAUGCGUCGAGCGAAGGUAG